UGAAGUGGACACAGGUGAGAGGCUAAGGCAGACUCGUGAAGAAACGUUUCACUGACGCAGACUCAGGAGAGGAUGUUCUGCUCAAGCAAGCCCGUGAAAGGUCGUGUGAUGAAGGAUCCUUUGCUGACAUGCAUGUAUGGUCUGCCUUACACUGCUUAGUUGAGCUGCAUUUGUUGGGAGAAGUGCACCAAAAAAAAAGCAAAAACAAAAACAAACAAACAAACAAACAAAAAAACACCUUCUGGUGGUGGGCUGCAGUUUCUUGCUGAGGCAAGACCUGUGGAGGACACGUGAUGUUUGGCGAGAGUAUAGAAAUGACUCAGUGGACAGUGUGAUGGAGGCUCUUUAUAGGUCGAGCUGGGUAACGCUUGUCUCAAUCUUCGCUGAGAGAGACACAGCUGAGAAUUUACCCUGGCGUUCCUCCUGGUCCCUCCUGCCAAGGCUGAGGCCUGGCUGUCUCUGCCAGGUAAUGUCACCACUGCUGAUUCGUGUUUGCUAUCCCAGACUCUACCGAACUGGACUGCUGGUGAAUCAGUGAAGGUGUUUUCGAGUAGAUCGAGUUGCCACUGCUGACUCCUGUGAACUGAACUGCAGAUUUCCAAACAACACAGACGAGCGUGUCUGAACAGGUGCUCGGCUUUGCCCUCAUCCUUCUCUACACCUUCAACGCGGCCGUGCCUCUCUGGAGGAUCCACCGGGGCAUGCCCCAGGCCCCAGAGCUUCUCAUUCACCCUACCGUGUGGCUCACCACCAUGGUAACCGCUGCCUAUGCAGAGGCCUGGCUCGCUCCCAAGAGCUGCUUUCUCACUGGUGUGGGAGGAUGAGGAAAGUGGGACCCUCCCCUUCUGCCCUCCACCCUCUCUUGUCCAGAGCUUCGCCACCUUCCUGAUCCACAUGGAGAGAAAGAAGGGGGUCCGUGCAUCUGGGUUGUUGUUCGGGUACUGGCUGCUCUGCUGCCUCGUGCCAGCCAUCGACACUGUCCAGCAGGCCUCCGCAGGGAGCUUCCGCCAGGAGCCCCUCCACCACCUGGCCACCUACCUGUGCUUGUCCCUGGUGGUGGCAGAGCUGGUGCUGUCUUGUCUGGUAGACCAGCCACCCUUCUUCUCGGAAGACUCCAAGCCAUUGAAUCCAUGUCCAGAGGCCGAGGCCUCUUUUCCCUCCAAGGCCAUGUUCUGGUGGGCCUCUGGACUGCUAUGGAAGGGCUACAGGAAACUGCUGGGGCCAAAAGACCUCUGGUCACUUGAGAGAGAAAACUCUUCAGAAGAACUUGUUUCCCAGCUGGAAAGAGAAUGGAGGAGGAACUUCAGUGAGCUGCCGGGGCACAAAGGGCACAGUGGUAUGGGGACCCCCGAGACAGAGGCCUUCCUGCAGCCAGAGAGGAGCCAGCGGGGCCCGCUGCUCAGGGCUAUCUGGCGUGUGUUCCGGUCCACUUUCCUGCUGGGGACCCUCAGCCUGGUCAUUAGCGAUGCCUUCAGGUUUGCUGUUCCCAAGCUCCUCAGUCUGUUUCUGGAGUUCAUGGGCGACCUCGAGUCCUCGGCUUGGACGGGCUGGCUCCUGGCUGUGCUGAUGUUCUUGUCGGCCUGCCUACAGACACUGUUUGAACAGCAGUACAUGUACAGAGUCAAGGUCCUGCAGAUGAGGCUGCGAACAGCCAUCACUGGCCUGGUGUACAGAAAGGUCCUGGUCCUGUCCAGUGGUUCCAGAAAGUCCAGUGCAGCAGGGGACGUGGUCAACCUGGUGUCAGUGGACGUACAGCGGCUGGUCGAGAGCAUCCUCCACCUCAACGGGCUGUGGCUGCUCUUCCUGUGGAUCAUUGUGUGCUUUGUCUACCUGUGGCAGCUCCUUGGGCCCUCUGCCCUCACAGCCGUUGCUGUCUUCCUGAGCCUUCUCCCCCUGAACUUCUUCAUUACCAAGAAGAGGAGCUUCCAUCAGGAAGAACAGAUGAGGCAGAAGGCCUCCCGAGCACGGCUCACCAGCUCCAUGCUCAGAACUGUGAGAACCAUCAAGUCCCACGGCUGGGAGUGUGCCUUCCUGGAGCGACUCCUGCAUAUCCGGGGCCAGGAGCUAGGUGCCCUGAAGACCUCCGCCUUCCUCUUCUCUGUGUCUCUCGUGUCCUUCCAAGUGUCUACAUUUCUGGUGGCGCUGGUUGUGUUUGCUGUCCACACCCUGGUGGCAGAGGACAACGCCAUGGAUGCGGAGAAGGCGUUUGUGACGCUCACGGUGCUCAGCAUCCUUAACAAAGCCCAGGCCUUCCUCCCCUUCUCUGUGCACUGCCUCGUUCAGGCUCGGGUGUCCUUUGACCGCCUAGCUGCUUUCCUGUGCCUGGAAGAAGUAGACCCCAAUGGCAUGGUCUUGAGUCCCUCCAGAUGCUCCUCGAAGGAUCGAAUUUCUAUACACAAUGGCACCUUCGCUUGGUCCCAGGAGAGCCCGCCCUGCCUGCACGGGAUCAACCUCACCGUGCCCCAGGGCUGUCUGCUGGCUGUUGUGGGUCCAGUGGGGGCUGGAAAGUCCUCCCUGCUGUCUGCCCUGCUUGGGGAGCUGUUGAAGGUAGAAGGGUCUGUGAGCAUUGAGGGUUCCGUGGCCUACGUGCCUCAGGAGGCUUGGGUCCAGAAUACCUCUGUGGUGGAGAAUGUGUGCUUCAGGCAGGAGCUGGAUCUGCCAUGGUUGCAGGAAGUUCUAGAAGCCUGUGCCUUGGGGUCUGAUGUGGCCAGCUUCCCUGCAGGAGUUCACACCCCAGUAGGGGAGCAGGGCAUGAAUCUUUCUGGGGGCCAGAAGCAGCGGCUGAGCUUGGCUCGGGCUGUGUACAGAAGGGCUGCUGUGUACCUGAUGGAUGACCCCCUAGCAGCCCUGGAUGCGCAUGUCAGCCAGGAAGUCUUCAAACAGGUCAUUGGCCCCAGUGGACUUCUCCAAGGUACGACUCGGAUCCUUGUAACACACACGCUGCAUGUCCUGCCCCAAGCUGACCAGAUCCUGGUGCUGGCCAAUGGGACCAUCGCAGAGAUGGGCUCCUACCAAGACCUUCUGCAUAGGAACGGAGCCCUGGUGGGUCUUCUGGAUGGAGCCAGACAGCCUGCAGGCGAAGGAGAAGGAGAAGCACAUGCUGCAGCCACCAGUGAUGACCUUGGAGGCUUUUCUGGAGGUGGGACGCCCACGCGCAGACCAGAGAGGCCCAGACCCAGUGACGCAGCCCCUGUGAAGGGCAGUACUUCAGAGGCACAGAUGGAGCCUUCUCUGGAUGACGUUGAGGUCACUGGACUGACAGCAGGAGAGGACAGUGUGCAGUAUGGCCGGGUGAAGAGCGCCACAUACCUGAGCUACCUGCGGGCGGUGGGCACACCGCUCUGCACCUACACCCUGUUCCUCUUCCUCUGCCAGCAAGUGGCGUCCUUCUGCCAAGGCUACUGGCUGAGCCUCUGGGCCGACGACCCGGUCGUGGAUGGGAAGCAGAUGCAUUCAGCCCUGCGUGGCUCCAUCUUUGGACUCCUUGGCUGUCUGCAAGCCAUCGGACUGUUUGCCUCCAUGGCUGCGGUGUUCCUGGGUGGAGCCCGAGCUUCAUGCCUGCUUUUCCGGAGCCUCCUCUGGGACGUGGCUCGCUCUCCCAUUGGCUUCUUUGAGCGCACACCAGUCGGGAACCUGCUGAACCGUUUUUCCAAGGAGACGGACAUAGUGGAUGUGGACAUCCCAGACAAGAUGAGGACCCUGCUGACCUAUGCCUUUGGACUCCUGGAGGUUGGCCUGGCAGUGUCGAUGGCCACACCACUGGCUAUUGUGGCCAUCCUACCUCUUAUGCUCCUUUAUGCUGGGUUUCAGAGCCUCUACGUGGCCACAUGUUGCCAGCUGAGACGCCUGGAGUCGGCCAGUUACUCCUCAGUGUGUUCCCAUCUGGCUGAGACCUUCCAGGGCAGUCAGGUGGUCAGGGCCUUCCAGGCCCAGGGGCCCUUCACAGCUCAGCACGAUGCCCUCAUGGAUGAGAACCAGAGGAUCAGUUUCCCGAGGCUGGUGGCUGACAGGUGGCUGGCUGCCAACCUGGAGCUCCUGGGGAAUGGCCUGGUGUUUGUGGCCGCUACAUGUGCUGUGCUGAGCAAGGCUCACCUGAGUGCUGGCCUCGCGGGCUUCUCGGUUUCUGCUGCCCUCCAGGUAACACAGACUCUGCAGUGGGUGGUCCGCAGCUGGACAGAUCUGGAGAACAGCAUGGUGGCCGUGGAGCGAGUACAGGACUACGUUCACACCCCCAAGGAGGCUCCCUGGAGGCUGCCCUCCUCUGCAGCCCAGCCUCUCUGGCCCUGUGGGGGACAGAUUGAGUUCCGAGACUUUGGGCUCAGACACCGACCAGAGCUGCCCAUGGCUGUGCAGGGUGUGUCCCUGAAGAUCCAUGCAGGGGAGAAGGUGGGCAUCGUGGGCAGGACAGGGGCCGGGAAGUCCUCCCUGACUUGGGGCCUGCUGCGGCUUCAGGAGGCCACUGAGGGUGGUAUUUGGAUCGAUGGGGUCCCCAUCACCGACAUGGGGCUGCACACACUGCGGUCCAGAAUCACCAUCAUCCCUCAGGACCCUGUCCUGUUCCCGGGCUCGCUGCGGAUGAACCUGGACCUGCUUCAGGAGAACACAGAUGAGGGCAUCUGGGCAGCGCUGGAGACGGUGCAGCUCAAGGCCUUCGUGACCAGCCUGCCUGGCCAGCUGCAGUAUGAGUGCUCAGGCCAGGGAGAUGACCUGAGUGUGGGUCAGAAGCAGCUCCUGUGUCUGGCACGUGCCCUUCUCCGGAAAACCCAGAUCCUCAUCCUGGAUGAAGCCACUGCCUCCGUGGACCCAGGGACGGAGAUACAGAUGCAGGCGGCCCUCGAGCGCUGGUUUGCACAGUGUACAGUGCUGCUCAUUGCUCACCGCCUGCGCUCCGUGAUGAACUGCGCCAGGGUUCUAGUCAUGGAUGAGGGGCAGGUGGCAGAGAGUGGCAGUCCAGCACAGCUGCUGGCCCAGAAAGGCCUGUUUUACAGGCUAGCCCAGGAGUCGGGCCUAGCCUGAGUCAGGACUCUUCCCAAACCUCCUGGAGCCAGCCACAGAGCCUGCAGUAGCUGGAGAUGCCAGAGACUCAGGGGCCACAUGAUGCCCAAUCUAAACUCCUUUUUGGGAGGAAGAUAGCAGAGAGAGUGACAGAGUAUUGGAAUACCAGACCCAGAAGAACCCAGCAUGCCCAGGUUGGCUUGAGCAAGGCCACACCCACCCCAGGCCAAAAAGAACAGUGACUCUCAGCCCAAGCUGUCUACUUCAAGGCCAUACCCACCCCAGGCCAUUCAGGUUGGAUGCCCUGGACCGGGGUGAUGGCGUGCACAUAUCCCCUAACUCCUUAUUUUGAGGUCAUUGUAGAGUUCACUCACAGUUUUAAGAAGCCACAUGGAGAGAAGCCGCAAACCCUCUGCCCUGUUUAUUCCGGGGGUGACACCUUGUCCAACCCUAGGACAAGAUGAAGCAUCACACUGACUCCGACUGACUUGUCUUUACCUCUGCUGCGUGUGCAUCAGUGUUUGGACUCCGUGCUUUGUGCUCUCAUUGGUUUUUGAGACAGGAUUUCACAUAGCCCAGGCUGGCCCUGAACUCACUUUGUUGCUGAGGAUGGCCUUGAACAUCUGAUGCUCCUGCCUUCCCUCCCAAGUGCUGGGAUUAUGGCCUGUGUCACCACGCCCUGUGUGGGGGUCUCAAACAAGGCUUUGUGUGUGCUUGACAGGCACUCACUCUAAAAACUGUGUUACAGCCCCGGCUCUGGAUUCGGUUCUACUCCUGUUUAAAAUUGUAGUGGUGAAGGGUCUCUUGCUCAAACUGGCCUCAAACUCGAGAUGCUCCUGUCUCGGUCUCCAGAGUGCUGGAAUGACAGACGUGUGCCACUACACCUGCCUUGACUCACCACAGCUAAGUAGUGACAUCCCCAUGGGCCAGGGCUGGUGAGUCCCGUGCGUGACAGUGUGCUGAGCAGUACCCUUCGCUUCUGCUCAGAGAUGCCCUUCUAAAGCUGUGGCAAAGAGAUUUCCACACACUGCCGUGCCCCCCCAGGACUGCAUCAUGAAUUGAUCCGCCCUAAUAGCACCCAUGACUCCCUGAGCAGUGAUAUGUUGGGUUCAGGAGAGGAUUCCUGCUUGCUUCUUGGACAGGGCUUGCUCUUCCCUCGACCCUGAGGCUUCUCUGAUUGGCUACCCUUAAUAAAGGAUUUACGGGAUUUCCUUUCA